AUGCCGCUACUUUCACACACUGUCUCAAUUUUACAUCCAUUUCACACGGCUCUCCAACAUGAAAUUGUGAUAAGAUUUCGCUGUGAUCUUUUGACAUUGUGGGAAACACUAGAGGUGAGGUUGGAGCUUGCUUCUAGAAUUGAGAAACAGCCUAUUUUCCCUGAGGUUGGGAAUAUUUUCAUGAUUCAGAAAGCUAAUAUGGUCACUUACAGAGGACCAACCAUGAUUUCUCACACUCUUCAUGCUUGUGCCAUUCUGCUCAAGAGAACUAUGGAUUGGGAUUGGUUUAUUAACCUCAGUGCUUCAGAUUACCCUCUCGUGACUCAAGAUGAUCUUCUAUAUACUUUUUCUGAUGUAGACAGAAGCCUUAACUUCAUAGAGCACACUAGUCAUUUGGGAUGGAAGCAGGAAAAACGGACAAUGCCUUUAAUUAUUGAUCCAGGUCUUUACAGGACAAACAAGUCUGAUGUUUUUUGGGUUGGUCCUAAGAGAACUUUGCCAACGGCAUUUAAAUUAUUUACUGGUUCAGCAUGGAUGGUUUUAUCACGCUCCUUUGUAGAAUAUGUUGUGUGGGGUUGGGAUAAUCUUCCAAGGACCCUUCUCAUGUACUACACUAAUUUCAUCUCCUCCCCUGAAGGCUACUUUCAGACUGUGAUAUGCAAUGAGCCAGAACUAGCCAAAACUGUUGUGAACAGUGACUUGCAUUAUAUUUCAUGGGACAAUCCCCCCAAACAGCACCCUCAUGUCCUUACAAUCAAUGACACAAACAAGAUGAUUGCAAGCAAAGCUGCUUUUGCAAGGAAAUUCAAGCACAAUGAUCCAGUCUUGGAUGAGAUUGAUAAACAAUUACUAAAUAGGGAAAAGGAUCAACUAUUCACCCCAGGUGGUUGGUGUUCUGGCAAUCCGACAUGUUCAAAGGUUGGCAACAUUUACAAGAUUACACCUGGUCCUGGAUCUCGAAGGCUGCGCUUCCUUGUAACUAGGCUAACUUGGAUGGCUAAAUUUGGUCAGAAACAGUGUAAAUAGAUAUGUUGUGGGAAUUUUUAUUGUUAAAGAGUUAGAGGAGUGAAACAGAUUAAGGUCACUUUAAUGGCCAGAUAUUUCACUCCAACAUUCAGUCUAUACCUUAAAUUGCAGGGUACAACAGUCCUAGAUAUGAACAUAGUCAAAGUUCACACCUGACAC